AUGCCUGCUUUCGUUUCUUGGAUAUUGCGGUCUUGUUUUCAUUUUCUGAUUCGAAUGAACUGCUUGUUGAAUAAUGCAUGUCAGUACGUGUUUUGCAAAUUCAUUUCAGCCCAUAACAAGAAAAUUAAUGAAAGCAAUGAAACUUCGUCAGAGUUGAAAGGUGAACCCCCAGAAGAAUGGGACAACCCGAAAUUUGGUACUCAUCACUUUAUUCGCCUUAAAGAAGUCAAGUUGCAUUAUGUAACCAAAGGGAAGGAUGGUGAUACCCUAAUGCUCUGUAUUCAUGGCUUUCCUGAAUGUUGGUUCACAUGGCACCACAUUUUGGAACAUUUCAGCAACAACUACAAGGUUGUUGCUGUUGAUCUGAGAGGCUUUUCUCUGUCGGACAAACCAUUUGGGAUCGAAAGCUACAGAAAAGAUAAAAUUGCCGAGGACAUCAAGCAACUCAUUGAAGCACUUGGUUAUAAAGAUUGUGUUGUGAUUGGUCAAGGUGUGGGCAGUUUGUAUCUCUGGGAAUUAGUGACAGAAUAUCCAUCUCUGGUCAAGAAGAUGAUUUUCAUUCAAGGCAGCCAUCCAAGUGCUCUUGUCCAGUACAUGAAAGCCAAUUGGCUCCAGGCUUUCUUGUUGAUUCCAAUCCUCUUCUUCCAUUUACCUUUCCUGCCAGAAUUACUUUAUCAAAGUUUUUCAUGGAAGCUUCUAGAUUUGACUUUCAAUGGGCCAACAGGUUUACAGACUAAUUUACUAACAGACCAACAACUUGCAUGUUACAGAUAUGCUUUUCAACAAUCAGGUGCACUGACAGGGGCCCUAAACCACUACCGAUCCAUUUUCCUCUCUGGCAAAAUCUCUACCCUCUUUAAGAUCACAACUCCAGGAUUAUUGAUUUGGGGUUGCAAGGAUCCUUUCCUCCAAGUAGACCUUGCAAAGGCCUCUAAAAAAUUUGUAGAAGACUUAACAGUGAAAUUGAUUCCUCAGUCUGGCCACUGGGUGGUAUUGGACCAACCAGCAAUGGUGCAUACACACAUAGAAGAAUUUUUGAACAAAUUGCCAACCAAAUGA